GACGUCACGUGCGUAAGGACGCACAUCGCCGCAUUGUUGUUGGGGGAGAAGCAGAGUCGGCGGAGCUUCGCUCAUUUCGGGGAUAUUUGCUGUAGUUUUUCUUGAACUUGGUACCGAACCGGCGCCCUGGAUCCUCUCCGGUUGUCCUUACGUUUGAGCGCGUCAGCAGAGCGGGAGCCGUUGGCGGAGGAGCGGACUGGAGGCGAAUUAAGGCGCCGCUUCGCUGCGCAGGCCGCGCCGCCAUCGCAUCGGAGCGCUGCUGUUGGUCGAAGCUGAGUUCGGGCUACAAGUGAGACUCAUUGGCGCCUUUUAAGAUGAAGAAAAAAGGUCGACAUCAUCGUGCAGCACCCUUGAAGAGGGCAUCGUCGCCCAUAAAGCCUUCGCCCAACCGCGAGACUCUGACGUACGCCCAGGCUCAGCGGAUGGUGGAGCUGGAGGUGGACGGCCGCGUGCACCGGCUCAGCAUCUAUGACAAGCUGGAUGUCAUUGGCGAUGACGACCCGACGGCUCAGGAGAUCAUGGAGUGCAACAGCAAUAAGGAGAACAGUGAGAAGUCCCAGCAGGUCCUGGUGCGUUCUGUGCGCCUCAAGAACAGCCAGCAGAAGAAGAACUUUGCCCUGGUGGCAUCUCACAGCAGCGGCAGCCACAGGGGCAGCAGCAGCAGCCACAGCAGUAGCCACGGGAGCAGCGGUGUGCUGUUGGAGCCGAAGGUCAAGAUAGUGGAGUACAAUCUGCCGGUGGUGCCAAGGAGGCUGGCGGCUUACUACAAGUACAUGGAGCAGAUGGCAGAGGAGCUGGAUGAAGAGGUGGAGUACGACAUGGACGAGGAGGAUUACGCCUGGCUGGAGCUCAUCAAUGAGAAGAGGAAGAGUGAUGGCCUCAGCCAGGUGUCGCACAACGUCUUUGAGUUUCUGAUGGACCGCUUUGAGAAGGAAUCGUUCCUCAGCACUCAGGGUCAGAGCGACCUGCAGCCGCUCGUGGACGAGGAUGCUGUGUGCUGCAUCUGCAUGGACGGAGACGGUGCAGACAGCAAUGUCAUUCUCUUCUGUGACUCCUGCAACAUUGCUGUACACCAGGAAUGUUACGGCGUUCCUUACAUCCCAGAGGGCCAGUGGCUGUGCCGCCACUGCCUGCAGUGCCCGUCACGAGUGGCCGAGUGUGUCUUCUGCCCCAACCGGGGAGGAGCCCUGAAGAAGACAGACGAUGACCGCUGGGGACAUGUGGCGUGUGCGCUGUGGGUGCCUGAGGUGGGUUUCUUGGAUACCGUCUUCAUCGAGCCGAUCGACGGCAUCCGCAACAUCCCGCCGGCACGGUGGAAGCUCACGUGCUACCUGUGUAAGGAGAAAGGCGUCGGCGCCUGCAUUCAGUGUGACAAAAUCAACUGUUACACCGCCUUCCAUGUCAGCUGCGCUCAGAAGGCCGGCCUGUACAUGAAGAUGGAGCCGGUCAAAGAACAGACACCGUGUGGCGCCACCACCUUCUCUGUGAAAAAGACCGCCUUCUGCUGCGCCCACACACCCAACAGCUGCGACCGCAGGUCACUCAACAUCUACGAGCACGCACUCCCGAAGAACGGUGCCUGCCAAAAGAGGAGCGAGAAGAGGGUGAAGGCGAGUGCAAAAAAGAGGUGCAAGAGGGCAGAGCCAGAACUGGAACCAGAAUUGGAGAACCCUGUGUGCCCUGGGCCCAGUGUUACUGCUUCCAGUUUGGACACCAUCUUGAACCAGGUGUCUGUCCAGAGGAAGCGACCAUUUGUUGAGCGUGUCCUGAGCUACUGGGUGCUGAAGAGGCAGUCAAGGAACAACGUGCCGCUGAUCCGCCGGCUGCAGGCCAACCCCCAGCCGACCAGAUCCACGCAGGCGGAGUCGCGUCUGGAGCAGAACCAGGCACUGAAGGAGCAGCUGAAAGAGUGGCACCGCCUUCGCCACGACCUGGAGCGGGCCCGCCUCCUGCUGGAGCUUGUCAGGAAGAGGGAGAAGCUGAAGAGAGAGGAGCUGAAGCUGCAGCAGUCUGUCCUGGAGGUCCAGCUGACUCCAUUCAACAUCUUGUUGAGAGCCGUACUCAGUCAGAUGCAGGAGAAGGACCAGUACAACGUCUUUGCUCAACCCGUCAACACCAAGGAGGUUCCAGACUACCUGGACCAUAUUAAGAACCCCAUGGACUUCUCCACCAUGAGGAAACGCAUCGACGCUCACGGCUACAGGAGCCUGGAGGAGUUUGAAGAUGACUUCAACCUCAUCAUCUCCAACUGCAUGAUGUACAAUGCCAAGGAGACCUUCUUCUACAAGGUGGCCGUGCGUAUGCAGGAUCACGGAGGCACCAUCCUCCGGAGGGCCCGCAGGGAGGCCGAGCGGAUCGGCUUCGACUUCUGCGCUGGAAUCCACCUCAGUGAGGCCCCAAAGAUCGAGGCGCCACCGCCAUUCUCCUGGGAGGACGUGGACCGCGUGCUGUCUCCGUCCUACCGGCAGCUGCUGCCGCUGGACGAGCAGCUGAAGCAGCUGCUCGAGAAGCUGGACCUCAGCAUUGCCAUGAAGAACAGUCCAUCCCGCACCAAGAGGCUCAAGCUGCUCAAGAAGACCAUCAUGGAGGUCCGUAGUGAGAUCUUCCUCAAGAAGCACCUCCUACCAACACCAGCCUCGACCCCACUCAGCACAGAGCAGGGGGCAGAACCACGAGGCGAAGUCUUGGCAGUGUCCUGCACACAACAGGAUGAGAACCUUUUGCCUCCACCAACAUUGGAACUGUUGACGCCGUCGCUGCAGCCCGACAAAUCACCCGGCCUCUUGGAGCCGCCGGCUCUGAAGCCCAUCAAGAUCAACAAAGAUGAGCCCGCCAUGGAUCCCCACGCUGAUGACCUCACUGCUACCUCAGAGCCCUGGGAGACCCCCAACAGGUCACACCCAUUACUUUCCAAGGGUGACCUCGACGUUGUGGCUACCUCAGUGCUGCACACCGAAGCCUCUGGUGCCGCUAACAAACAGGCCAGUGUACUCUUCCGCAAGUCCAAGAGUGCCAGUCCGCAGAAACCAGCUAAGUCCACAGCUGCAUCCGUGGUGUCGUCCCCCCUGGGCAACAAAACCUUCCUGUCGGUGGUGAUUCCACGCCUAGAGACACUGCUCCUGCCCAAGAAACGCAGCCACAGCAGAGCCAAUGGCGAAGAAGGUGAUGAGUCGCCCAUCAAGCGGCUGGAUACAGGAAUAACGAACGGUUUUGCGGUGGAGGAGGAGGAGGAAAGCUUACCUUCACACCUGCUGGAGCCUCGCCGCCGCUGCGCCUCAGAGUCCAGCAUCUCCUCCAGUGGAAGUGUUCUCUGCAGCACAAGCACGGUCGUGGUGUCUAAAGGCGGUAAAGGUCAGCUGGCGGCGGUGCGGCGGAACACCGCGGACGACAGGAGUGCUCUAAUCACCUGUCUGGAGAACAGCGAGUUCACUGCAGGCACCAGCUUAGCUUCAGAGGCUGUGUUGAAGUCCAUGGCUGCCUCUGCUUUUGUUCUGGAGCCUCUUAAACUAGUUUGGGCUAAAUGUAGUGGAUAUCCAUCCUACCCCGCCCUGAUCAUCGAUCCAAAAACAUGGAAGAUGAGACGGUCCAACGGGGUGACGUGUCCCCAGCCGCCGCGGCAUGUCCUGCGAGCCGGAGAACAGAUGCAGUUCAGGUCCGCAGAGAAACUCUUCCUCGUCCACUUCUUCGACAGCAGACGCAGCUGGCAAUGGCUUCCUAGAUCAAAGAUGGCACCCUUUGGGAUCAACGCGGUGGACAGAGUCAAGCUAAUGGAGGGACGCUCUGCCAGCGUCCGGAAAACUGUGCGGCUCGCCUUUGACCGAGCCCUGACCCACCUGAAGUGGGUCAGCGGUGAGCCGGCGCCGCCUGCCAGCAGCAACCUUCUCCCAUAAUCCACCUGUCCUCAGGUGUUUCUGUUUUGUUCUUUUGCCCGAGGGACAGUUCGUGUGUCUCACACAUCGUGUUUACCGCAUCCUGCAAACUGGAACUGGACUCCAUCACAACACGUCAGACAUUUAAAGGUUCAUGUCAAACAUCUAUGCAGCUUGGAAACAGAUGACUUGGUGAGAGGGUGAAUAACGUGGGCGAGUGAGGGCCCAAAGCUUUCAGGCGACUUUGACCUCCACGAUCGUCUGAUGGCAGCCACAGCUACAAGCGAGGCAUGACACUAAUUUUAGAGUAUCAGGGCCACUGUUAGGGAUCCAGAGUCCGACCCAGAUCAAACCCGCGUCACCGGUGUGAUUUGAGCGUCGCAGUUCUUUCGUGAUGACCGUUUGCGAAUGCUGCACUUUACUGCCUGAAGUUUGGGUGGUCUGAUCAUGCAAAACCUUCCAGAAGGUUACCAAGAAAAAGUAAAAGAGGUUUUUGUCCUUUCAUGAUGUCAUAAAGAGAAAGCAGCAGGUCUUUGAGCUCUGAUUGGAUAGUCUUCACAGGCACUUCCUCCUCCUGAUCAUCUGGCAGCUGAUGAUUUAGGCUUAAAUUCUUCCGAGGUUUGGCUGAAGCUGUGCCGUCACAUUUGGAAAAAGCACCAAAAGGUUUAUGCAGGUCUCCUCGGCACCAUGUUGGAUCCAGUCUGAGCCUGUGUACAUAAUCCAGCAGGUUCACCCUGGCUCAGAAAUGGUGGUCUGAUGGGACUCCUGGAUCGAGAGAUGCUGAACAAACCCAACUCUGUCAUGGGACUGUUGUCUGCUGUUUCUUUGCAGGAUGCCAAAAAAAAAAAAAAUCAGCCAUCUGAUUUUCACUGAUCCCACCAGGAGCUGGUGGAGGGUUUGGUCAAAGACUCACCCAGUUUGAGACCACGUGAAGGGAGGCUGGAAUGGUCCAGCAUCAUGAGCUCUUCAUCCUGAUCCAGCAGUAAAAAAGACUGGAACAGAAACAGAUCUAGAUGACUGUAGAAAACUGGAUCGAUCCCAGAAGUAUCAGUGUUUGGACAGACUGUAUUUCUGCCAGUUCUGUAGAUGUAAGACUGUACACCUUAAUCAAGAUAUCAAGAACUACUUGGUGGGUUUCCUCCAUACUUAGGGAGUCCCUAAUGAGGAAAACUAGUUUCGUGAUGAGUGAAUUUUUUUUUUUUGGCAUUGCGGUGAUGGGUGCACUUGCCUGAGCAGGAUCCAGUGCUCCAGUGCCUCAGUACUGGAGCACUGGAUCUGAAACAGCUCAGGACACGCCCCCAUGAUUACUUUGAGGAAGUGUUACUGAUACUCAGAGAUUUGGUUCUCAGACUCUAUUCGCUGAUGGUUCUGAUACUCAUUCAGUAAACAGAUUUGAUUCUUGGGGUCUUUUCAUUGGGGGUCCUGAUACUUGUUCAUCAAACAGAUUUGAUUCUUGGGGCCUUUUCAUUGGGGGUCCUGAUACUUGUUCAUCAAACAGAUUUGACUCUGGGUCUUUUUGUUGGGGGUCCAGAUACUCAUUCAUCAAACAGAUUUGGUUCUCUGGGUCUUCUCAUUGGGUGUCCCACUACUCAUUCAUCAAACAGAUCUGACUCAGGGUCUUUUCGUUGGGGGUCGUGAUACUCGUUCGUCAAACAGAUUUGGUUCUCUGGGUCUUUUCAUUGGGGGUUGUGAUACUCGUUCGUCAAACAGAUUUGGUUCUCUGGGUCUUUACGUUGGAGGUCCUAAUACUUGUUCAUCAAACAGAUUUGACUCUGGGUCUUUUUGUUGGGGGUCCAGAUACUCAUUCAUCAAACAGAUUUGGUUCUCUGGGUCUUUUCAUUUGGGGUCCCACUACUCAUUCAUCAAACAGAUCUGACUCGGGGUCUUUUUGUUGGGGGUCGUGAUACUCAUACGUCAAACAAAUUUGGUUCUCUGGGUCUUCUCGUUGAUGGUCCUGAUACUCGUUCAUCAAACAGAUUUAACUCUGGGUCUUUUUGUCGGGGGUCCUGAUACUCGUUCAUCAAACAGAUUUAACUCUGGGUCUUUUUGUCGGGGGUCCUGAUACUCGUUCAUCAAACAGAUUUAACUCUGGGUCUUUUUGUCGGGGGUCCUGAUACUCGUUCGUCAAACAGAUUUAACUCUGGGUCUUUUUGUCGGGGGUCCUGAUACUUGUUCAUCAAACAGAUUUAACUCUGGGUCUUUUUGUCGGGGGUCCUGAUACUCGUUCAUCAAACAGAUUUAACUCUGGGUCUUUUUGUCGGGGGUCCUGAUACUUGUUCAUCAAACAGAUUUAACUCUGGGUCUUUUUGUCGGGGGUCCUGAUACUCGUUCAUCAAACAGAUUUAACUCUGGGUCUUUUUGUCGGGGGUCCUGAUACUUGUUCAUCAAACAGAUUUAACUCUGGGUCUUUUUGUCGGGGGUCCUGAUACUCGUUCAUCAAACAGAUUUAACUCUGGGUCUUUUUGUCGGGGGUCCUGAUACUUGUUCAUCAAACAGAUUUAACUCUGGGUCUUUUUGUCGGGGGUCCUGAUACUUGUUCAUCAAACAGAUUUAACUCUGGGUCUUUUUGUCGGGGGUCCUGAUACUCGUUCAUCAAACAGAUUUAACUCUGGGUCUUUUUGUCGGGGGUCCUGAUACUCGUUCAUCAAACAGAUUUAACUCUGGGUCUUUUUGUCGGGGGUCCUGAUACUUGUUCAUCAAACAGAUUUAACUCUGGGUCUUUUUGUCGGGGGUCCUGAUACUUGUUCAUCAAACAGAUUUAACUCUGGGUCUUUUUGUCGGGGUCCUGAUACUCGUUCAUUAAACAGAUUUGGUUCUCUGAGUCAUUUUUUUGUCAGUGGUCCAGAUGCUCAUCGUUGCGAGCGUUCGACACGCUGCUGGUGCUAACUUCGAAGCCACGAAGAAACUUAACGUUUUUAUUGUCUCUUUCAUCUUCUUUUGGUAAGUUAUUGAGUACUCAGAUGUUUGUCGUCUUCAGCAUUAACUUUUUUACUGAAUGUUUGAGUUGACUUUUACAUAUUUGUGUCGAUGAAGUUGCUUUUGGUUCAAGUGCAUCAUUGAUACACAAACUAAAAGUCUGCUGCCCACUCAUUGUUUUUCCUCUUUGUGUGCUGUGGUGACUUUUCCUGGAACCUGGAUCCACAUCAGCUGCACAAUGUGCCUGUUCUAAUUUAUUACUGUCUUUAUGCAUCACUUUAUAUGGAACCACACGUGCACAUCCUGUAUUUACUCAUGGCAUUAAAGCAGACAGCUGAUUGGACGUGGGUGGGUGGGGUUUUAUUUGUGCCGGGCAGACUGGUUUUUGGACUUGUUGGUGUAAAUAGAUGUGGUACUAGCCAAUUCUUUGGUGAACAGCGGUAUAGCGAACAGGAGUUGUGGGUUUUUAUACCAAACACUGAAAAAUUAAAGUAUGAUUUUUGAUUCACUGA